AGCCUACACGAUGCUCCCUAUGUACGAGGACAUCACCUGUCCGGAGCUUUGCCAAUGUGACACGGGAAAAGUCACCUGCAGCGGUCAGGAACUCCCUGAUGUGCCACAGAGUCUACCAAUCGACAUCAUCCAGCUCGAUUUGUCAAACAACAUCAUAACCAACUUGGGGAAUCAUGCUCUUUCACAACUGAGGUACCUUCAGGUCCUAAAUCUUCACAGUAACCGGCUCCCAAAAGUAUCCAACGUGGACAUGAAGAACCUGGGACGUUUGCAGUCGCUCGACCUGUCCGAGAAUCAAAUCAGCGACGUAGAGGAGCAGGCCUUCAUGGGCUGUCCGGACUUGUUGCACUUGUACCUGUCCGGAAACAACAUGUCGUCAGUUCCUGCGAAUGCUCUAGCCCCGCUCUGGAAACUGCGUACCUUAGACAUGAGUUUCAACAACAUCCAGGCACUUUUCCGAGAGGACUUCGCCGGUAUGAGCUGGCUCCAGGUGCUGAGGUUGGAUGACAACUGUAUGGACACCAUGGACCAGGACGCAUUUUUGUACACGCCUCACCUGCAGACCCUGCGCAUGGGCAGGACGUGCUUGAGGGACAUCCCGACCUUUGCACUGUCAACCUUGCGUCGUCUCAGGCGGCUAGACCUGUCCGGUAACCUGGUCACCACCCUCCGCCAGGGGGCGUUCAGGCACGCUGUCAAACUACAGGAAAUCAAUCUUGGUAAGGAAGAUGCCGUGUCGUAUCACACACAAACGGGGUCUAGCCUAUAG